CGCUAUCCACUAUCUUAUCGAGAUUUUUAAGCGGGAGCUUUCUAAGCUCGUCGACCUUGAUUUCUUCUUUCUAUGAUGAUGACGAAAAAAAAGCCAAUUGGGCUUUAGCAAUAGCAUUGGUCUUCAUGGACUGAAAUGAAGAGUCUUGAUGGUCUACGGUGGACGUUGAAGCCCACAAGGCCACGAUAUGCUUCCUUCUACACCAUACCAAGAGCUCAGGUGAGCUUCUUGACCCGGAAGAGUUCCGGACAAGCCGGUUCUCCUAGAUGGUUAUACCAAAGCAAAAUACUCGAGAGGCCCGUCAAGCCCUUGAAUCCUACACGGCAUGUGCUAUCUCAGCCUAUGCGCGCUGUCAUGCGCCAACUCCCACACCCCGUAGUCGUUAUUACGACUCUGGAGAAUGCGCAUAGUAUAGCCGAGCUCAGAGAUGGAUCCAAAGAUCAGGUCCUACCUCCAGUCCCUAGAGCCAUGACUGUGUCGUCAUUUACGUCUUUAUCUGUCGAUCCCGUACCGCGGGUCACCUUUAAUGUUUCUCUACCGAGCACAACUUAUCAAGCCCUUAUGAAAUGCGGGAGGUUUAAUGCUCAUAUACUCAGCAGCGACGACCAUGGUGUUAGGAUCGCGGAUUUAUUCACUCGAGGCAGCAGGCUUCCGACAGCUGAGGAGACAACUAAAGACGUAGGAGAACCAGACCUAGGUGUCCUGGCGGGUUUAGAAAAGCUCGGUGUUCAGGUGUUAGGGCGGGAGAGGUGGCGACAAGAAUGGGAGCAGGCUAAAGACUAUAGGGAAAAAGUCGCUGGCACCGGGGAUAUAGGUACGAAUAACCCCGAUGUCGACUUGCCGCCAUCAGGCACUCUGCCGGUGUUACAAGGCCAAGGCGUUAUGCACGUGUUAAAGUGCGAAUACCGUCACUUAUCACCUCCUGAAGAAGGAGACUUUGAUCAUCAUGCCAUUGUCAUCGGCGAAGUCCUGGACAUAAUACCCGGAGAGUCUCAGAGCGAGAAUAGCAUCGCACUCGCGUAUGCGGACAGGGCAUACCGACAGAUAGGGGAGAAGCUAUUAGACAGACCUACAUCUGACCAAGAAUCCUCUUCAGACGGGAAGUCAUAAUGGCAGGUCGACGUAUGUACAAGAAAAUAAGAAAAUUAGGCGUUCGAUGAAAAGUUUACACCAAUCUCUGUCUACUCCCGAACCUUACCGGACUACAUCCAUAGCUCUACACCUCUCAAUUCCAACAGAGAGAGCGAAAUAUGCCCCCCCUCAAACAUCUGCCAUUCUUAUUAUACGCAAAAUUAUACAUGAGACAUAGUUCUAGUCGCGUUCAUCAUAAGGAAAAGGCUCCUAUAGCGAGGCAAGAUAGCAAUAUCAAAUUUUGUAUUCUCGCUUAUACUUUCUCAAUGCUCGAGAUUUUUAGAAGGCCUUAACUAUAUUUCUUUUAUAAAGGUCUAACCUUGGUAUUCACUAUGCUUAGGGGUUAGUCAUGAAUCAGUUACUACCUAUCUAUGUCUCAAAAGCAUAGUUUAAGCAUCGCUCAAUAGAGUUCAGGUUGCCAUUCCCGCUGCCAAAUAAUCAUCCAAGUCAGAAUCCUAGGAAGUCCUUUGAGUGAUAAAAAUGCCACAUCCAACACUCUCCCGUCGCCGGGAACUAUUUACCAUCGUCCCGUCUAGUACGCUAGUAACGAGAAUAUUCCGCUACUUUAGUUUCAAUGCCGUCCUUUUCUUUCGGAUGCUACUCUUGCUCCAUCUCUUUCCUUAUUCCGUCUUACGACGAGUCGCAGGGCAAGGUAACAUCAAAUUUAUGCGGUUCUCAGUCCCUAGC